AUGUUGGUCAUCACCAGCUUCCCUCGCCGCUUCCCAACCGCCAACAAGCGGCCCUUACGUCUGCCGGCGCAAUUGGGCCGCGCCUUGUCGACGUCGUGUGCUACGCGCGACUUGCCUCCAGCUGCAGCCGUGGUGGCCUCCGUGAGGCCUGCGUCCCGGUCCUCCGCUCCUUCCUCCUUGCUAUUGACCUCGCCGUUGCGCGCCUUGUCCUCGCCCUCUGGCGCUCGGGCCGUGCACUCCAAGGCCCCGACCAGCCAGAGCUCCACGUUCGCCACCUCCUCCGCCGCGCGCGUGCACAACGAGGACGACCACGAGCUGCUACAGCAGCAACAGCACGACGUCUACGAUGACAGCUUCCUGUAUGGCGAGCGCGCCGACGACUGGUUCACCACGGCGCGCAACCCGCGCACGGACCCGACGUUCCCCGGAGUGGAUCGCGCCACCGGCCGCCUCAACGCCAUCAAGAUGCCCGACCUGCGCUCGUGCUCGCGUCAGGAGAUGAUCGACUAUUUGGACAACUCGUGGGCCAUGACGGACGCGCUGUUCGCCACGCUGCAGGGCCAGCGCGCCUUCAUGACGCCGCCGCCGCACCAGCUCCGCCACCCGCUCAUCUUUUACUACGGCCACCCCACCAGCUUCUUUGUCAACAAGUUCCUCGUGUCGGGGCUCAUCGAGGAGCCCGUGAAUCCCUACUUCGAAGAGGUGUUCGAAGUGGGCGUGGACGAGAUGAGAUGGGACGACAUGAGCAAGAAUGAGAUGCACUGGCCGCACGUGGCCGAAGUACUGGUUUACCGUCGCCAAGUUUACCAGCUCAUCCGCAGCGUUGUGGAAACCCACCCGGGCCUCGAGCCCGGCCACGAGCAGAUCACCGAGGGCAGCCCGCUCUGGGCGUUGCAGAUGGCGCUCGAGCACGAGCGUAUCCAUCACGAGACGACCUCGAUGCUUAUGCUUGAGCACCCAGACGAGUUCUUCCGGAGCACGUCACUGCUGCCCGACUACCAUGAGUCCCUGGCCUACAACAACAAGGAGGUUGCGCUGCGUCCGGUCGCUGGCGUGGACUUCCCCGUGAACGAAUUCCUCGACGUGCCGGCCGCAACGGUGCAGAUCGGCAAGCCGCGUGACUUCCCCUCGUUCGGAUGGGACAACGAGUACGGCCACCGCGAGGUGAACGUGCCGGCCUGCCGCGCCAACAAGUUCCUCGUGUCCAACGGCGAGUUCUUUGAGUUUGUGCGCGACGGGGGCUACCUGGAGCCGUCGUACUGGAGCAAGCUGGGCUGGGAGUGGCGCUGCUUCCGCAACACCAAGUGGCCGGCUUUCUGGGUGCAGGACGGCCCCUCGGGCAGCCACCGUUUCAAGCUGCGCGCCAUGUUUGACGUGGUGCCGAUGCAGUGGAGCUGGCCCGCCCAAGUGAACCUGCACGAGGCGCAGGCCUUCUGUAAGUGGAAGCAAGCCAAGCAAGCCGACAAGAAGGUGGUGUAUCACCUCACGACGGAGGCAGUUCACCAGCUCAUGCGUGACGCCAAGGACCGCUCGGCCGACGUCACUUCGGACGACAUCUUGACGUUGCCGGAGGGCACCAACAUGGCUGAUGCAACCGGUAAGAACCUGAACUGGUCCUACAUGUCCUUCUCGCCCGUGGACGCGCUGCCUCCCACGGCGCAAGGCUUCCACGACGUCUUCGGCAAUGCCUGGGAGUGGUGCGAGGACAUGUUUUCGGCGCUGCCCGGCUUCCGCGUGCACCCGUACUACGACGACUUCAGCGAGCCGUGCUUCGACGGUGAACACAACGUGAUCAUGGGCGGCUCGUUUGCUAGUGCUGGAGACAACGGUGCGUCUAAGUUCGCGCGCUACCAUUUCCGCCCUCACUUCUUCCAGCACGCGGGUUUCCGUGUCGUGGAGCAGAAGGUGGAUGACGAUGGGGCCAUCACGUUGGCGACGACCGACGUGAACGCACCGCCGCCGUACGUGAACGGAAACCCGUUCCGCUCCAGCGAGCGCGUGGUGGUCUCCGGAGCUGAGACGAAGGACGAGGUUGCAGGAACGAUCUGCCAGGGUCUAUUCGAGGACCUUCGUCGCAAGAGCGAGCAGGCGCUCGAGUCCUUCGUGGCCUCGUCGACGUCGGAAACGACGAGCAAGCCCCUUGUGGCUCGAGAUGGCACGGUGGCGGCUGCCAAGCUGCGGCGCCAAGUGAAGUGCGGUGAGAUUCUGGUGGUGGUGCCCAGCGACGAAGCGACACCUGCAGUGCUGGAAGACAAGUUCGAGUUGCUGGCGACUGCGGAAGUGCCGGUGUUCACGCAGGAGAGCCCUACGGAGGCUCGGGUGACAGCGGAGACUGUGACUGCCUGGAAGAAGAUCCGAGACUAA